AUGACAACGACAUUGAAAUGUGUUUUAAUUGUGAUGACCAUCUUUUUGCCGGUGACAUGGCCAUACCGUUACUUGGCGCGCCAAACAUCCCCGGAUGUCAGUGAUGUAAUAUUCUUGCUACGCCAUCCCUCCUACGACGCGAAUUCCUCAUUCUUUAAUAGCGAGGAUUUAUACGAUAAUACCGUCGAAAGUCUGCAGUGGUUGGUCGGACCAACCGAUAUUCGUCGUUAUAACAUCUUUUCACCCUCCUCAACGUAUCAAAUAAAUCUGCGCUAUCGCAAUGAUCCAUCGGUUAUCCGGUAUUACGGUUAUCAAUUGUGGAAAAUACACGAAACGAAUAUGAAACAUCCGGAAUUGAAUAAAUUUUGGCAAUUAUUUGGAAACGAAGUAUGGAAUAUCAAUCAGGAUGGCGUUGAUAUAUUGAUUGAUUACAAGAAUACUGCCAAGGCGAAGGAGUAUAUGACAUCGAGUGCCUUUACCUACAACAUAAUGAUUGAUGAUUUGGAAACAGCCAUUGAUGAAACAUACACCGAGGUGAAUAAUACUAAUCCGGAAAUGCCAUGGCUAGAAUUGGAAGGUAGCACAAUGUCAUGGAAUCGUUAUCACGAUAUGAUGGAGAUAAAACAAUUUAUGCAAUAUAUUUUGGAAACAUAUCCCGAGCAGGCGGAAAUUGUGCAAAUCGGUGUGACGAAUAAUAAACGACCACUGGAAGUGUUGAGAUUCUCAAAUAAUAAUCCUGAAAAUUGGGCGAUAUUCAUUGAUGCCGGUCUACAGGGUCGUGAUUGGCUGAGUCCAGCUGCUGUCACAUUGGCCAUAUCAAAAUUGGCCCAUCAAUGGAAAGUAGGGCCAUCGUAUAUGAGACACAUUGAUUGGUAUUUCCUGCCAGUGGCCAAUCCUGAUGGUUAUCAACAUUCAAGGAUAACAGAUCGUUUGUGGACUAAAAAUCGACAUUUUGAUAGUAAAUCCGGAUGUUUUGGUGUGAAUUUAGAUCGUAAUUUUGAAUAUAAAUGGGGUGGUGCUGGUUCAUCAGAUAAUCCCUGCAAGAAUCUCUAUAAAGGUCCAAAGAAAUUCUCAGAGCCGGAGACACGCGCCAUACGCAAUUUUAUGUUUAAUAUGAAAGAUUUCUUAGGAGCGUAUAUAUCGUUCAGUGGUUAUGGCCAGGACAUUGCCUAUCCAUGGGGUGAUGCUGAUUUUGUUACGGAUAAUCAAAAGCAAUUGCAUCAUGUGGGCCGGAGAGCAAUGAUGAAUUUCCGCAAAUUAAAUGAAGCGGAAUAUCGUGUGGGUUCCAGCUACCGUCUGAAGUUGGCCAGGGCUGGCAAUUCAGCCGAUUGGGUCCAACAUCGCAUUAAUCCCCACUUUGUCUAUAAUGUAUUUUUAAAGGAUCAGGGCCGUUAUGGUUUCUUAAUGCCACCCAGUUACAUUGUGGAAUCCGGCGAAGAGGUCUAUGAAUUUAUGCGCACCGUUGCCUUGGCCUUAUAUAGAUUAAAUUAA